AUGCGCCAAACCUCUGUCGAUGCCUCCGCCGACGAGGCGCUGGCCCGCAUGGGCUAUAAGAGCGAGCUACCUCGGAAUCUCAGUAUGAUGAGCGUCCUCGGCCUCUCCUUCGCCAUCAUGGCCGCCCCCUUCGGCCUCAGCACAACCCUCUACAUCACCCUAACCGACGGCCAAUCCGUCUCCAUAAUCUGGGGCUGGGUACUUGUGACGCUCAUCUCCAUCGCAAUCGCCGCCUCGCUCGCCGAGAUCUGCGCCGUCUACCCAACGGCCGGUGGCGUCUACUACUGGAGCGCAAUGCUCUCGACGAAGGAAUGGGCUCCCAUGAUGAGCUUCAUCGACGGGUGGUUGACGCUCGUGGGCAACUGGACGGUGACGUUGAGUAUCACGUUUUCGGGCGGACAGUUGAUCCUCAGUGCGAUUUCGCUGUGGGAUGAGACGUUUGUUGCGAAUGAGUGGCAGACGAUUCUGAUGUUUUGGGCGGUGAUUGGAGUGUGCGCGCUGGUCAAUGUGUUUUGUUCGAGGUGGUUGGAUCUCAUUAACAAGGUUUGUAUUUGGUGGACGGCCGCGAGCGUGCUUGUUAUCUUGAUUGUGUUGUUGAGUAUGGCGGAUGAGAAAAGGAGUGGGGAGUUCGUCUUUGCGCAUUAUGAUGCAUCGCAGAGCGGAUGGCCUUCUGGGUGGGCAUUCUUUGUUGGCUUACUGCAAGCUGCAUAUACCUUGACCGGCUAUGGUAUGGUUGCAGCCAUGUGUGAGGAGGUGCAGAACCCGCACCGAGAAGUUCCUAAAGCCAUUGUCCUGUCUGUGGUGGCGGCCGGUAUCACUGGAUUGAUCUACUUGAUCCCCAUCCUGUUCAUCUUGCCGGACGUGCAGACGCUCCUGGACGUGGCGAGUGGGCAGCCCAUCGGAUUGAUAUUCAAGACAGCGACAGGCUCCGCAGGUGGCGGCUUCGGUCUGCUGUUCCUGAUCUUAGGAAUCAUGAUGUUCGCAGGUAUCGGCGCCCUGACAGCCGCCAGCAGAUGCACGUACGCCUUUGCUCGUGACGGCGCGAUUCCCGGCUUUCGCCUCUGGAGGAAGGUCAACAAGCGCCUAGACGUGCCCGUGUGGGCAAUCAUCCUCUCAACAACGGUUAUUUGCCUCCUCGGCUUGAUCUACUUUGGCUCCACAGCAGCUUUCAACUCAUUCACGGGAGUGGCCACAAUCUGCCUCUCAACCUCUUACGGCCUGCCAAUCCUCAUAUCCGUCGUCCGUGGCCGACAAGCUGUCAAGCAUUCCAGCUUCUCACUCGGCCGCUACGGAUACGCCAUCAACGUCACGACGAUUGUAUGGAUUUGCCUUGCCGUCGUGUUGUUCUGUAUGCCUGUAUCUCUCCCCGUGGAUGCGGCGUCAAUGAACUAUGCGAGUGUUGUGUUUGCGGGGUUCGCCGCCAUCAGUGUUGCGUGGUACAUUGCUUAUGCUCGGAAGCACUUUACUGGCCCUCCGGUUCCUGUAGAUCAGCUUCGGGAUACGCCUGGGGUUGUGCCGGUGAAGGCGGUUGUUGAUCCGGAGCAAGCAGGCUCUAAGGAGGUUUCCACAGAGAAGUCGUGA